GAACAAUAGCAAGCAGUAGUUUUGCCACAGUCUAACGAGCUUGUUUUUGUUGUAGGCUAGUGUGCGGCGGCUGCUGUUGCAGGUGUUAUUUAAGAAGAUGUUGAUGCUAAAUUGUUAGCUUCAUCCUUUUCGAGAUUAACUUUCAACAAGAAGUUGUUUCAAAUGAUCAUCAUCUGAUUCAGUCCUUCCUUCAUGGUCUGGCAGUGUAAAUCUAAACACAGAAUGGAACGCAUGUAUAUACCAGCUCUCGUCCUCUAUGGAUUCUAUCUGACCCAUGUUGUGUCUGUCUCUCCGCCACACUUAAUGGUGGUCCAUUCAGGGGAAAAUGUCACCCUGCAGUGCAUCAAUGUCCUUAAAAAAACGGGACACAUUGGCUGGUUCAAGCAAGUCAACAGCUCAGAACCCCUGUGCAUCACGUCUAUGUGGAGCUCUCUGCCAACUGUUCAUCAUCAAAAUGGAUUUCAUGGCAAUCAUAUGAAAAUGUUAAUCACCAAUAGAACUACCUUUCUCAGAAUCACAGAGGUGGAUGUAGCUGAUUCUGGUCUGUACUUCUGUGGAAUGUUGGAUAACUAUUUCAUCUUCACCAACGCGACUGUCCUGAAGGUCCAAGGUCACAAAGAUUAUGACAAGGACCCUACAGAGCACUAUGAAAAAGUUGCUGAUCCACAGAUGAGAAUCCUGGUCCUUCUCUCCAUCAUUAGACCUGCAGUUCUCUUCUGCUGUCUGACCAUCUUAAUCAUCAUCUACACCACCAGGAAAUAGAUAAAGCUCAGGCCAAUAUCAAUACAAUAUAUGCAGUAUGAAACUUGCUUUCGCCAAGCACUGUAUAUGCACCUGUUGUAUGUAAGCAUUAAUAAAUAGCACUGUGAACAUGGAUAGUGACUGAAGUUAUGUUUUGAGGGCAUGUGUCAGCUGUGAUAGAGGUUUUCAUGAAGGAAGAGUUGACAAAUGUAUAAAUAAAGUUU